GUGCAAAAUGGCAGCGAAAAAAAGAAAGUUUCCCGACGAUUACGUUAAGUUUGGAUCUCUACCUUCAUAGAAAAAGACGAGUUACAAUUGCCCCAGUGUGUGAUAUGUAUGAAAGUUUUAAGUAAUGAUAGCAUGAGACCCAGUCGCCUUGAAAGGCAUUUGAAGCAACAACAUCCUAUUCUGGUUUUGAAAACGAAAGAGUUUUUUUCUUCUAAAGCAGAAUCACUCAAGCGGAUGAGACUGGAUAAAUCGGGAAGUUAUCACACAGCAAAGCAAAAGAAACCUCAUACUAUCGGUGAAGAAUUAAUAAAACCGUGUGCCCUAAAAGCCCCGCUGAUAAUUUUAGGAGAAGAUGCAGAGCAAAAAAUGAGGUCUAUUUCUCUUUCGAAUAACACAGUCAAGCGUAGACUCGAUGACAUUGCAGCAGACAUAAACUCACAAAUAAUUAACAAAGUAAAAUUAUCCAAAUUUUUUGCCAUUAGUUGCGAUGAGUCCAAUGACAUUGUUAAUUGUGCACAGUUAAUAGUUUAUGUUCGUUACAUCGGCGGAGAUAUCAUCGAAGAAGAGAUUUUGUACUCCCAGUCUUUGACAGCAGGUACUACAUCUGAAGAUAUAUUUAAUGCAAUAUCAAAUUUUGUUGAAAAAAUUAUUUGGACUUUGCACAGAUGGCGCACCUGCAAUGAUAGGUGUACGAUCAGGCUUAGCUAA